UCCGCUCAAAGCCGCCACAGUCCGGCCGAAUUCGGCCCGCCCUUUUCAGAGAUCAACCCAAUGGCCAUCGCACGCUCUGUUCAUAUCAACAACAUGACCCGCACUCACAGGAUUGCAGUCAUCCCUGGAGAUGGUAUCGGCAUCGAGACAGUCGCUGCAACGCUUCGAGUACUGGAGAAGCUAUCAGCUCUGGAGAACUUCUCGCUUGACUUGACGCAUUUUGACUAUGGAUCUGCACGGUACAAGUCGACAGGAUCGUACACGCCAGAGACCUUUCCAGACGAGCUGAGACCAUACGACAGCAUUUUGUUCGGUGCUGUUGGAGACCCAGAUGUGCCGGAUCACAUUUCAUUGUGGAAGCUUCUUCUCCCUAUGAGGCAGAUCUUCCAGCAGUAUGUAAAUUGUCGUCCUGUCUGUCUUCUGCCGGGCGUCAAAGCUUGUGUCAAUACUGCCGCGACCCCGUCUGACUUGGAUUGGGUGAUCGUACGUGAAAACAGCGAAGGAGAGUAUUCGGGGCAAGGGGGACGAUCGCACAUUGGGACAGUCGGAGAGACAGCUACCGAAGUUGGGAUCUUCACGCGCUUCGGAUGCGAGCGACUGAUUCGAUGGGCGUUCGAACUGGCCUCUGGCCGUCCGCGGAAAUUGCUCACCCUAGUGACCAAAUCGAACGCCCAGCGAAGUGGUCUGGUGCUCUGGGACGAGUGUGCCAAUCGUGUGGCCAAAGACUACCCAGAUGUCAAGUGGGACAAGAUGCUAGUGGAUGCCAUGACCGUCAGGAUGGUGCGCAAUCCUGCGAGCUUGGACGUUAUUGUCUGUACCAACCUGCACGGCGACAUCCUCUCCGACCUCGCAGCCGCUCUGGCUGGUUCGAUAGGAAUCGCUCCUUCUGCGAAUCUCGUUCCGGACCACUCGGCCCCUGCACUGUUUGAGCCUGUCCAUGGUUCAGCCUUUGACAUCAUGGGCAAGGGCAUCGCCAAUCCCAUUGGGACCAUUUGGAGUGCCGCCAUGAUGUUAGAUUAUCUCGGCGAGAAGGCUGCUGCUGCCAGAUUGGAGCGUGCUUUCAAGAAGGCGUUGGCAGACGGCGCUACCACCGCAGAUCUGGGAGGCGAGCUUGACACUGAGGGAGCUGCACAAGCAGUCAUUGAUAGAUUAUGAAGUCAUCAUCGCUAAAUAAAUUGCCACUGUGCCUCUCAAAAACAACAAUCUGAAACAAAAGGAAAUUCUCUGAACCCAAAAAAAAAGCAAAAAGUCGCUGGGUUGAUUGGUUUCG